AUGAGAAUCGCAAAACAGACCUUUGCGCUUUUGCUCCUUGGUGUCCACGCUUUUGGUGGUAUCAUCCCUCCAAAAGUAAUAAAACCUUUCAACCAUAAGCUGAAGACUCAAAAUAAAGACAGUGCUACCGAAUUUCUCAGCGAGCAUCAGGACAUUCCUCAGUUGAGCAUUUACAACUCCGAAAUGAGACACUACUCAAGCUCAUUUGACAAGACCAAAUCUAGUGGCAUUCUAAUUACUAAAGAAGCAAUGAAUCAAGAACAUUUCCGGAAAUUUGGACUCAAAAAAGUAGCAGACGUCGCUCGCAGCUUCGACGUUGGUGGACUGUACAGCGAUAGCGCAGUGCAGCCUGUUGCAUUUCCACCAGAUACUCGGGCACUGUUUCUCCUCAACACUCAAGCUGAAAAGCAGAAUGUCGAGAGCUCAAACUUGCUUUUGAGCGUUCCUUUUGAUGUACAUAAAGGUUAUCAGCUGGUAGACUACAGUCUAUUGCUCCCAUUCAAAUAUCUUAAAUUGAGAAAUGAUCUUGCCAGCUUUCUGGGAACCUCGGCAAAAGAACAAAAGCAGGGUGUUUUGUAUUACAAUGCGAACACAAAACUGGAAAUCAGCCGACCUGUUUUCAUCAUGGUUUUUGCAGAAAACCCGGAACAGUCGAAGUCAACCUUCUUUGACAUCUUUGCAAAGGGAUGGAUCAAGUUCCUAGGCUCUUUCGACCUGACGCACUCAGUCUUUUGUUCCGUAAAAGACCAGAUCUCAAACACGUGUGUGAGCAUCAACAACGAUGGAAAUGCUAUAAACGUCCAGCCUGCGUUUUCCAACUCACAAAUUGGAUUUAAUAGCCUUUUUUCUACUCUUCAGAGAAUGCAAAAGCGAGACGUCAAGAAAUCAUCACUGCAACCGCAAUUCCGUCAAUUUGCAACAUUUGCAAACUUCUCAAGACUUAAUAGAAACGACCCCGACGAUCCGUUCAAGGGUGUCAAAAUACAAGUUUCGGAUCCUGGACUCCAAAGUAACAAGGAUAAUUUCAAAAAUGGGUCAUCGUGCAAUUCGAUAGACCAAAAUGGUAAUGAAGUUCACAAUUCCACCAAGCUACCAGACGUUUCGAUGAAAGACCUUUACCCUUCAGUGAGCGCAAAAUCCGCGCGACCACGCUCUUCUCAGUAUUCACAGGUUAUCUUUCCUCAGCUGAGCAAGUUUGAUAAAAGAAGUCUUGAGGACUUUUUCCCAACCUUUGGUUGA